GUUAAAACAAUUGUGGGUAUCGGAUAUGGUCCAUAAAUACGGUUUAAAACUUAAAAGCACACAAACUCUUAGGAGAAUGACAAGACAUAUAUACAACGUCGUUAUGAGAUUUGUUAAUGAAUGAUAGAGAAUAGGUCAAUCGCAUUUGGUUGGUGUAAUCUCUCUCUCGAAUAUUACUACGUGUUCUCCAUUUCCAUUAACCUAAGCCAAUUACGUCGCCUCUUUGCCCGCCCCCACUUCUUCUUUUCCUUUUCCUCGUAAUUUAUCUAUUUCAACCUUGUAUUCUCUAAUAGUUACGAUAUGACCCCAAUCUUUUCACAUUUAUCAACUCAAGCCUUGUUUUUCUCCUCCCUGGCAAGGCUUGGAAUUGGCUUCAGCUGUUCAGCAGCUAUCAUCAUCUCGGAGACAAGAAUCCUCGUCACUGCCAUGUCUCAAAUUCAGAGCUUUGAGAAGAAAGAGAGAAACAGAGAGAGAUCAAUUAUUUACUGGUGAGGCUAAUGAUGAAGGCUGUUGAAAAAAUCUCUGCACAUACUUUUCUUCUAUGUAAAGCUUCUUCUCUCUUUCUCUCUCUCUCUCUCUCUCUCUCCUCUCUCUCUCUGCUGCUGUAGAGAGAAAUAGAAGAUGAUGGGCCCAAUCGAAAGUAGAAAUAUUUUCCAACUGUGCUCUUCACUUUUUUCCUCUCGUUUGGAGCUAAGGCCACGACGUCUUGUGGUUGUCAAAUUGGCAUAAAGCUUCCACCUUUUUUUUACUUAUCUCUCUCUCUCUCUCUCUAUGUCACUUUUUUCUUCUUCUUUGCCUUUGCCCAAUUGAGAAUCCUCCAUGAAAACUAAUGGUUUUGUCGGUCAUUGAUAUAUAUAUAUAUUAAUAUAUUUUUAUCAUUUUUCGCUUAGCUCCUCCUCUCCUUGUUUGUCAAAAGAUGCCCACCAACACAUAAAAAGAAAAAUAUCUCUUCUUUUCUCCUUUUUAUUUGAAUGUUAAGAACAGUUGUUAACAACGUUUUUGUUUUACCAAUUCUGUAUUUCUGUUGGGUUUGUUCAUCAACCGAGGAAAUUAAUUCCUAUGAUCAUCUAAAGCUUUUUCCUUUUUCUUCUUUCCCUUUGUUGAUCUGAUGGUAUGAUUACGAAAGCUUGGUUUUUUAUUUUUCGACAAAACCUGCAAAAGUUGUCAGAUGAACAAUGUGGUUGGAGAUUGGAUCAUCAAGAUACGCUAACUUAUCCUCUGUUUCAAGUUUUAUACUAAAGCCUUGCCAAAUUGGAUUGACAAAGAUUCUUCUCUCAAGCUAUCCAUCAUUUGCUUAAUCUUCUCUCUCGCCUUGGCUUGAAAGAAAUCCCUAAUCUUUUCUAUCCGUUUUGUCCGGCGAUCAAAAGGCUGGUUCAGCAGAAACCUUAACUCUUGCCAUCGAAAGUAAAGUGUUUUUUGGAACUUGUAGUUUGAUAAGUACUUCUCGGCCUGCAACUUGCAACCCUUAUUUUUUAUUUAUUAGAUAUAUAUAUGGCUUUGCUCAAACGUAAGCAAAGCAGAUGAAAUACCAGCUACGAUCGUUGUUGCCCUUCAAUGAAGUUUGGAAUUUUUAAGGAGUUGAGAAGAAUCUGAGUUGAACAAGUAAGCAAUUACUAGAUUGUAAAAGGAGUUUGCUUUGGAUUGGGGAACUGGUAGAGGAUCCUUUACUUCUUAGUUCUCAUCUUAAUUUCUUUCUCAAGAAUUCCAUUGCAGUGCUUAGAAAGCAUCUCUUAAAAGGCUUAUCUCGUUAGAGACGAUUAGGAAGGACCAUUAGCAUAGAAAGUCAUGGCCAAAAAAACACAACGUCGUGCAGCUGCUCGACAGGAGAGGGAUCAGUUAGGGUGCAUGUGGGGAUUUAUGAAUAUGUUUAACUUCCGCCAUGGACCACUGGCUCACAAGCUGCUUCUGGACCAAAAACAUGCUGUUGGAAAUCCUAGGAACAAUGAGCUUCGCAAAUCAAAAUGCCGGGAAAAGGAUGCUCAAGAACCCCAUGUUGGUGAAGAACGCAAUAUCACGAUAACGAUUAUAAAGCCAAGUGUGAAGAAACUCAUAGCCGAAGAGUUGUCCAUUGACAAGGAAAUCAAGAAAAAGAUGGAGAAUGCUGAAGCAGGACAGUUCUCUGACUCUGAACUCGAAGGAAGAAGAAGAAAAAACCAGAGGAGAAAAAACAAGACUCGCAAGAAAAGCUGCGAUAAUUUUAGCCAUAUAGUUGACAGUGAAGAGCCUCAAGUUCAACGCAGAAAUCAUAGAUCUACUAGGAGUGUUGACAUUGAUAAUAUGAUUGAAGAGUUCUAUUCUGAGAUUCAUCGCAGAAGUACAAGCCGUGCAAAGAAAGACGAAGAUUAUAAAGAAAAACUGAGGGAGUUGGUCAAGUUUUUAAUCAGUCAGAAGCUGUUACAUGGGAACCGUCCCAGAGGAAAUAGUGAAAUCCUUACAUCUAAGGAUUUGAUGGAAGUGUUUCAGAUUCUGGGAUCGGAUGAGGAACUAUUUCUCAAACUCUUGCAAGAUCCAGAGAUACUUGUGCCAAGGGAGAAAGGAGAAGAGAGCUUGGGCUUGUUGCAGUCAGAACAAUCUUCUCUAGCUGAAAAGAAAUGGUCUAGCUUUUUCAAACGGAAGGAUUCACCACAAGAAGAAUGUGAAGCUUCAGACCGGAUUUUCAUUCUGAAGCCAAGAUCAGCAAGCUUUUCAAGUCCAGACACAGGAAAUAGUCGUGGUUCAUCACCUGAUUCUCAUUUGAUGAGAAACAGAUUGCAGAACGAGAGAAACAGUUCACAUUUUUUUCUUUCUGAGAUCAAGAGGAAGCUGAAACAUGCAAUCAAAAAGGAGCAGCCGGCCGGGGGAUUUGGGGAAGGGUUUUCGAAAACUAAAGAUCAUUUCUUUCUCGAGCGGAUGGCAAAGCCUUCAACAUCUCAGAAGAAAUCUCAUAAUGAAGAUGAAAAAAAACAAAGGGUAUCUAACAUUUACACAGAGGCCAAGAAACAUCUGGCUGAGAUGUUAAACAAUGGAGAUCUUGAUUCGCAGUCAACGAGCAGACAGGUUCAAAGAAGCUUAGGAAGGAUACUCUCCUUUCCUGAAUACUUGUCUCCUCUAAAUAGCCCCGGAAGAAGAUGGGAAAAGAACUCAACUACUCACAAGAAGUCUGCUUCAGCAGAUUUCAUAAAUCUUGUGAACAUCAAGAAAGAAACUCAUGCAAGUCAACCAGAGGAAAAUGCUGAUAUUUUGGCCUGCGAUCUAAGCAAAGAACCUGAAGAUUCUAUCCAACCAACCGCAAGUGAAGCUACUGAAACAAGUGUUGAAAUUGAGGAUGGAACUGCUAACGAAAAUAAAAUAUCUUCUGCAGGUUCUGCAGAUGAUGUAAUGAUUCUCAAUGAGAUGAGUGUAGUUCAAGAGGAAGAAAGCUCUACUUUGGUUGGUGACUUAUCAAAAGUUGAAGUUCAUGAUGAAGAACAGAGAGACGGUAUCAUCUCAAAACAGACCUCUCAUGUAGAAAGCCAACCACCACUGUCUUCCUCUGUGGCCUCACCGUCUCACUGUUUAGAUAAAACUGAUGAGUGCAAAUCAUCCAAUUCUGAUUUUCCAGAGUGGUCAAGUCCAAUAUCAGUUCUUGAGCCACUCUUUGUUGAAGAUGAUAUAAGUCCAGCAAAAAUGAGAUCUCAGUCGGGUGAAGCAGAGGUGCAACCUUGGUGUAUCCACUUUGAAGAAAAAGAUCCCACAACUAUAAACCGAGAGAAUUCUGGCACAAGUGACAAAGAAUUGGUGUAUAAGUAUGUAAAAGCUAUCUUGGACGCAGUAGUGUCAGACUUCAAAGAGCUCUAUCUGAAGGCGCAAUUCUCUGACCAGCUUCUUGAACCGGCACUUAUCAGCAAUAUACCAUUCUGUCCAAAUCAGCUUUGUCCUGACCAUGAGCUCCUCUUUGACUGCAUCAAUGAAGCUCUCAUGGAGUUAUGCUGCUGCCCACCAUGGGCUUCGUUUGUUUCACCUAGAACCCGGGUCUUCUCUACUGUCAAAAGCAUCAUUCACGAAGUUCAAGAAGCGGUUUACUGGCAUCUCUUGCCAUUGCCACUCCCUCACGCCUUGGAUCAGAUAGUUAGAAAAGAUAUGGCUAGAGCUGGAAACUGGUUAGACAUCAGAUGUGACAUUGACUGCAUUGGUUUUGAAAUUAGUGAACUAAUUCUCGACGACUUACUCGAAGAGCUCACUCUCGACUAUCUCAACAACACUGAGCAUGACUCUCUGGUUCCGUCUGAGUUGAAGAUCGAUGGGAGCAUCCUUAUUCUAUAAAGGUCGUGAAAACUGAAAACUCUCUUCUUGAUGACAAAGCCGUUGUUGAUACAGCUGUAAGCUCUGAUCAUAGUCUCACUGUCACCAUUGCUAAUUUUCUAGCACAGAACCAUGUAGAUACUUUGUAUUACUCAGACAAUAACCUCACAGAGCUCCCGUCUGAUCAGAAACUACAGAGAGGGAGAGGGAGGAAAUAAGAUCCUUUCAAGACCAGACCAGAAACUGUUAGUGGCGGGGUCAUCAUAGAAUCACUUUCAAAGACAGUCUUCUUUUAGGAUUUUUUUUUAUAGGAUAUGAUUUUUUUUUUUUUUUUUUAAAUUAUUUUAGAGUGUUUGUGUUUGUGUGUGAAGAUCGAGAGAGAUGUGAUAGUGUUUGUUUUUUUAAGUUGGUUUCAUUUAUUACUAUUUGUGUGUAAUAUUUUCAGAACUGACAUAUAAUGUACUAUGGAUUAUAGGAGUAUGACCUGGUGAUCAUUUUAAACU